AUGAUGGAGCCAGAGGAGUACAGGGAGAGAGGAAAAGAGAUGGUCGAUUACAUCUGCCAGUACCUGAGCACUGUGCGGGAGCGACGGGUGACUCCAGCUGUGCAGCCUGGCUACCUGCGGGCCCAGCUGCCCGAGAGUGCUCCUGAGGAACCUGAAAGCUGGGACAACAUCUUUGGGGACAUUGAGCGAAUCAUCAUGCCUGGGGUGGUACAUUGGCAGAGCCCCCAUAUGCACGCCUACUACCCAGCCCUCACCUCUUGGCCGUCACUGCUGGGAGACAUGCUGGCUGAUGCCAUCAACUGCUUGGGAUUCACCUGGGCUUCCAGCCCCGCGUGCACGGAGCUGGAGAUGAACGUCAUGGACUGGCUGGCAAAAAUGCUGGGACUCCCGGAGCACUUCCUGCACCACCACCCUGGCAGCCACGGGGGAGGCGUCUUGCAGAGCACAGUCAGUGAGUCCACUUUGAUCGCCUUGCUGGCGGCGAGGAAGAACAGAAUCCUGGAAAUGAAGGCAUCGGAGCCCGGUGCGGACGAGUCCUCCCUGAACGCCCGGCUCAUUGCCUAUGCCUCUGACCAGGCUCACUCCUCAGUGGAAAAGGCUGGUUUGAUUUCUCUUGUGAAGAUGAAGUUUCUACCUGUGGACGACAACUUCUCACUCCGAGGGGAAGCUCUUCAGAAAGCCAUCGAGGAGGACAAGGAGAGGGGCCUAGUGCCUGUCUUUGUCUGUGCAACCCUGGGGACCACUGGAGUCUGUGCCUUUGACUGCCUGUCAGAGCUGGGCCCCAUAUGUGCCAGGGAAGGGCUGUGGCUCCACAUUGAUGCUGCCUACGCGGGCACCGCCUUCCUGUGCCCCGAGUUCCGAGGGUUCCUGAAGGGUAUCGAGUAUGCCGAUUCCUUCGCCUUUAAUCCUUCCAAGUGGAUGAUGGUGCACUUUGACUGUACUGCGUUCUGGGUCAAGGACAAAUACAAGCUGCAGCAGACCUUCAGCGUGAACCCCAUCUACCUCAGGCAUGACAAUUCGGGCGCAGCCACCGACUUCAUGCACUGGCAGAUCCCCCUGAGCCGGCGGUUUCGCUCUAUUAAGCUCUGGUUUGUGAUUCGGUCCUUUGGGGUGAAGAAUCUUCAAGCGCACGUCAGACAUGGGACUGAAAUGGCUAAAUAUUUUGAAUCUCUGGUCAGAAAUGACCCUUUCUUUGAAAUUCCUGCCAAGAGGCACCUUGGCCUGGUGGUUUUUCGUCUAAAGGGUCCUAAUUGUCUCACGGAAAGCGUGUUAAAGGAAAUAGCUAAAGCUGGCCAUCUCUUCCUCAUCCCAGCCACCAUCCAGGACAAGUUGAUCAUCCGCUUCACUGUGACAUCCCAGUUCACCACCAGGGAUGACAUCCUGAGAGACUGGAACCUCAUUCAGGAUGCUGCCACUCUUAUCCUGAGUCAGCAUUGUACUUCCCAACCUAGCCCUCAGGUCAGGAGCCUCUUCCCCCAAACCAGGGGCCCGAGAACCCUGACCAGUGGAAUGUCCCUUCAGGCUAUCAGUGGGGCAGAAGAUGACCUAGCCCAGGCUGGAAGGAUCAUCAAGCAGCCUCGAAGUGUGGGAGCCAGUCCUGGGAGAAGGGAAGAUGGCUGCCAUCUUGAAACUCUGCUGGACCCCCUGGAUGACUGCUUUUCAGAAGAGGCCCCGGAUGUCACGAAGCAGAAGCUGUCAUCCUUCCUGUUCAAUUAUCUGUCCAUGCGGAAUAAGAAGAAGGCAGUGCGUUCCCUCAGUUGCAACAGCGUGCCUGUGAGUGCUCAGAAGCCACAGCCCACAGAUGGCUCUGCGAAGAAUGGGGGCUCCUUCAGGGUUAAAAUCUCUAGGUUUCCAGAAGAGAUGAUGAUGCUGAAGAAAAGUGCCUUCAAAAAACUAAUCAAGUUCUACAGCGUCCCCAGCUUUCCUGAAUGCAGCGCUCAGUGUGGGCUCCAGCUGCCCUGCUGCCCUCUGCAGGCAAUGGUCUAGACCAGGGGUUUCAGCCAGAGUUCACGGAUGUGUUUUGGAGAGUCUCUGCACCCCUCAGAAUUGUGUGCUGAAUCUGUGUGCUUAUGUGUAUGUGCAUUUUUCUCGGGGGAGAGCCCAUAAUUUUUAUGAUUCUCAUAGGAGUUUAUGACCCAUAAGAAGAUGCAAAUAGAGAGUUUAAGCCAGCAUGGUCCAAAAGGUGCUAGCAGUCUGGUCAGAGAAAAAGAGCCCAGGGUAACAUACUGACAGUCCGCUUCUGUGGUUCAGCUUGUGAUAUGAAAUAUAAUGCAGAAAUAAAUUGUGCUU